CGCAUAUAGAGAAUAUCAUUCUUCGCUACGGCCAGAGCUACCGCUACGCCGUAGCGUAACGCACGUAGGUCAUAGUGGGGGGUCCACAACCCACAAUUCUGGCAUCGCUGCUCUGUAGUGCUGGAGAGAAGUCCAGCGGAAGGAAUGCAGGUCUGAUUGGGUUAUAUCCCCAUAAGCCCACCUUCUCCAACACAAUCGUAGAAAUAGGGCACACGUAUUGUCAUUAUUGGCCGACGCGAUACAUCGACGAAUAGGAUCAAAUAGCACCGCGUGACAGGAGAUUCGGACGGUGCAAGUGAAGUAUACGUCUUGUUCUUGUGCAGUUCUGCUGGACUGUUUUUCCAGCUUUGCACAGUACAUAUAUUUUACAUCACAAAAUUAGUGGAAAGCUCAUAAUAAAAGCAUCAAUAUGGCAGAAAGCAGUGGUGCAAUUAAAUUAACUAAACUUCGAGAAUUAAUGGAAAAUGUUCAAGUAGGUCGUACUACAGAAAAAGGUAUUCAGGCUUUGAUUGUAAGCUCAAAUGAUGCCCAUCAAUCAGAAUAUUUGAGAGAACGUGAUAAGAGGAUACGUUUCAUAAGUAAUUUCAGUGGUUCUUUUGGUACUGCAAUUAUUACACCAAAUAAAGCUUUGCUCUGGACAGAUGGAAGAUAUUACAUGCAAGCUAUGGAAGAAUUUGCUCCACCAGAGGCAUGGACUUUGAUGAGGGAAGGUUUAUUGGACACCCCAACUAGAGCUGCAUGGUUGGUGGCUAAUUUACCUCCUCAAUCAACUGUUGGUGCAGAUUCUAAUUUAAUGAGUUACACAGAAUGGGCAGUAUUACAUACAAAUUUAACUGCUGCUGGUCAUUGCUUAGUGCCUCUUGAGGAGAAUUUAAUUGACAAAGUUUGGGGUGAUGAGCAACCUGCUCCUACAGCUAAUGUUGUUUUACCUCAACCAAUGCAGUUUUCUGGAUGUAGUGCAGGAAAAAAAGUAAAAUUAUGCAGGAAGGUAAUGAUGAAGAAUGAAGCAAAAGCACUUGUAAUAACAGCUUUAGAUGAAGUAGCAUAUAUUCUAAAUUUAAGAGGAUCAGAUAUACCUUAUAAUCCUGUUUUUUUUGCAUAUGUCAUUCUUACAUUAGAUGAUUUACAUUUAUUCAUUGAUAAGAAUAGACUUGACCAGAAGGCUCAGCAGCAGCUGAUCAGUGAAGAGAUAAAUGCAACUUACCAUUCAUAUGAGAAUAUUCAUACCUUUUUGAAGCAAAUUGCAAGUUCAUGUACAGGUAAUGAUAAAAUAUGGAUAAGCAAUGGUUCUAGUUAUGCUUUACACACUGAUUGCGACGAAGCAAAGAAACAUACUGCUAUUACGCCAAUAAGUGGCAUGAAAGCGAUUAAAAAUAACGUUGAAAUCGAAGGAAUGAAAGCGGCGCAUGUACGUGACUCAGUCGCACUCGUAAAAUAUUUCGCUUGGUUGGAAGAUCAGAUUACGAAUAAAAAGGAAACUAUCACAGAGAUAUCUGGAGCGACUCAACUUGAAAAAUUUAGGCAGGAGCAGGAACAUUUCAUUGGACUCAGUUUUCCUACAAUAUCUUCGGUUGGACCACAUGGAGCAAUAAUCCAUUAUCUACCAACACCAAAGACCGAUGUACCAAUUACAGACAAAGAACUUUAUCUUUGUGAUUCUGGUGCACAGUAUCAAGAUGGUACCACAGAUGUUACAAGGACAUUACACUUCGGUGAACCAAAGAUUUUCGAGCGUGAAUGUUUUACGAGGGUAUUCAAGGGUCAGUGUCGGCUUUCGUCGACUGUUUUCCCUCUAAUGAUACAAGGAAAUUAUCUCGACACACUUGCUCGGGAAAAUUUAUGGAGUGUUGGUCUUAAUUAUCUUCACGGUACGGGACAUGGGGUUGGUUCGUAUCUGAAUGUUCACGAAGGACCUAUCGGUAUUUCCUGGAGGCCAUAUCCUGACGAUCCAGGUUUACAACCGGGCAUGUUUCUUUCGAAUGAACCAGGGUACUACGAGGAUGAUGAGUUUGGCGUUAGACUGGAAAAUAUAGAAUUAAUAGUAAAGGCAAACACACCCUAUAAUCACAAGAAUCGUAGUUUUCUUACUUUUGAAACUGUUACAUUGGUGCCUAUACAAACUAAGCUACUGAAUGUUUCCUUAUUAACAGACCAUGAGAUCGAAUAUUUGAAUAAUUAUCAUGCAAGAUGUUUGAAUACUUUGAAACCUCUGUUACAAGGGCCAGAAAAUGCUCAGGCACUUGAGUGGCUAGAGAGGGAAACUCAAAAUAUCUAGUAAUUUAAGA